AUGGUGGACUGUCAUAUAUCUUUCACUUCAGUCAAAACUGUAAGACAUUGUUGCAUUACACAUGUUUUUCUGUGUUUAGGUUGUAAGGAGUGUUGUGAACGAUGUGUGGGUAGCCUCCCCUGGGCAUCCCUCAUCGCCACCAUUCUCCUCUACAUGGGCGUGGCCUUGUUCUGUGGAUGUGGCCAUGAGGCUUUGAGUGGAACCGUCACCAUCCUCCAGAACUACUUUGAGGUCAUUAGAGCCCCUGGGGAUUCAUUGGAUGUGUUCACCAUCAUUGACAUCCUGAAGUACAUCAUCUAUGGCCUUGCAGCUGGGUUCUUUGUCUUUGGAGUGCUGUUGCUGGUGGAGGCGUUUUUCACCACUGGAGCAAUUAGAGACCUGUAUGGAGAAUUCAAGAUUACUGCUUGUGGACGCUGCCUGACUGCAUUUCUGAUGUUCCUGGCCUACCUUUUUUUCCUUGUGUGGCUGGGCGUGACAGCAUUCACUAGCCUGCCUGUCUUCAUGUACUUCAAUGUUUGGUCCAUGUGCAAGAACACCAGCCUGGUGGAGGGAGCCAACCUUUGUCUGGACCUCCGCCAGUUUGGGGCUGUGACCAUAUCUGAGGAAAGGAAGGUUUGUACAGGAUCUGAGAAGUUCUUCAAGAUGUGUGAAUCAAAUGAGCUCGACCUGACCUUCCAUCUGUUCGUGUGUGCAUUGGCCGGAGCGGGAGCAGCUGUGAUAGCAAUGGUCCAUUUUCUGAUGGCAUUAGCCGCUAAUUGGGGUUACCUAAAGGAUGCCAGUCGGAUGCAGAAAUAUGAAGAUAUCAAGUCAAAGGAGGAGCAGGAGCUGCAUGACAUCCACUCCACACGCUCCAAAGAACGCCUCAAUGCCUACACAUAA